AAUGAUCCGAGCCGCUUCCCAGUCAAGCCAAGGCAAAGCUCAGCUACGAAGCCGCGAAUCUCCAAGAUCAAGAGAAAGAGGGGCACUCGGUAUUCCCACCCAGUCUCGGCUCUAAUCGCCGCCGAAAACAGGAUCGCCACAGGUAUUCAUUAGAAGAAGAAUUAACUAUUUUUUAAUUCUAUCACUGAGAAGACUUCUCUAGUUGUCAAAAUGCCUGUUGCUUCAACCAACUCUGAGACAGCUAUGCAGCAGGUCCUGGACAACCUCGGUGACCUCCCCAAUUCCAUGGGAGCUGGAGAUCUGGAUCUCAUCUUUCUCCGUGGCCUCAUGGAGAGUCCAAUAGUAAGGUCAUUGGCUAAGGCUCAUGAGCGGCUGGAGGAGACAAAGCUGGAGGCUGUGCGGGACAACAAUUUGGAGCUGGUCCAGGAGAUACUUAAAGACAUCACACACAUUGCUCAGCAAGAUAGCACAGCAGCUGAACUGGCCCGCAUCCUCCAGGAGCCCCAUUUUCAGUCCCUUUUGGAAACCCACGAUUCUGUUGCCUCUAAGAGUUACGAGACUCCACCACCCAGUCCUGUCCUGGACCCCAUGUUCAACAACCAGCCAGUUCCACCAGAUGCUGUACGCAUGGUGGGAAUUCGUAAGACUGCUGGAGAACACCUGGGUGUGACUUUCCGUGUGGAGCGUGGUGAGCUGGUUAUUGCACGUAUCCUACAUGGUGGCAUGAUUGAUCAGCAGGGGUUGCUGCAUGUGGGUGAUAUUAUCAAGGAGGUGAAUGGGCAAGAGGUGGGCAGUGACCCACGAGCCCUCCAAGAAGUGCUAAAAAACGCAAGUGGAAGUGUUGUCCUCAAAAUUCUGCCCAGUUAUCAGGAGCCACAUCCACCACGCCAGGUAUUUGUAAAAGCGCAUUUUGACUAUGAUCCUGUCACUGACAACCUCAUUCCCUGCAAGGAAGCUGGUCUGAAAUUUGUAGCUGGGGAUCUUCUUCAGAUUGUCAACCAGGAUGAUCCCAACUGGUGGCAGGCCUGCCAUGUGGAAGGUGGCAGUGCAGGGCUGAUCCCAAGCCAGCUGCUGGAAGAGAAACGCAAAGCUUUUGUGAAGCGCGACCUUGAAGUCACACCAUCUUCAGGGGCCUUGUGUGGAAGCCUUAGUGGGAAGAAAAAGAAAAGGAUGAUGUAUCUGACCACCAAAAAUGCAGAAUUUGAUCGACAUGAGCUGCUGAUCUAUGAAGAAGUGGCUCGUAUGCCCCCUUUCCGCAGGAAAACCUUGGUGCUCAUUGGUGCCCAGGGGGUUGGACGGCGAAGCAUUAAGAACAAGCUUAUCAUGUCUGACCAGUCUCAGUAUGGAACUACCAUCCCAUAUACCUCACGGAGGCCCAAGGAGCAUGAAAAAACUGGGCAGGUCUACAGCUUUGUGACUAGAAGUGAGAUGGAGAGAGACAUCAAAGCAGGCCGCUAUCUGGAACAUGGUGAAUAUGAGGGGAACCUCUAUGGAACUAAGAUUGACUCCAUCCAUGAGGUUGUGGAGUCAGGCAAAAUGUGCAUCCUGGAUGUUAAUCCACAGGCUGUGAAGGUGUUGAGGACAGCUGAGUUCGUCCCAUAUGUGGUGUUCAUUGAAGCACCAGAUUUUGAGACUUUACGAGCUAUGAACAAAGCAGCUUUGGAAAGUGGUGUAGCUACUAAGCAACUCACGGAUGCUGACCUGAAGCGAACUGUGGAUGAGAGCUGCCGAAUCCAGCGAGGCUAUGGGCAUUACUUUGAUCUCUGCUUAGUGAAUGAUAAUAUGGAGCGGACAUUCCAGCAACUUCAGGUGGCCUUGCAGAAGCUGUACAAUGAACCACAGUGGGUUCCUGUCAGCUGGGUUUACUAGAAAGGAGUUCCCCUCUCCUCUCCAUAGCCUCUGAGCCUUGAUUUUCCCCACCUUCUACUAUCUCCAUUUUUGCCAGGGGACCCUAGACUUUUUUUUUUAUGUGCCCAUGUCCCUUUUCAACCAUCAACCUUACUCAAGUGUCUAGGCUGUGUAGAUUAAAUUCAGUUGGCUCUAUUCUAAAGAAAAGGUGUUUUCUCGUUCUGUUUCAGAACACCUUCAGCCUGCCAGGAAUUUUUUUUUUAUUGCCAUAAGUGAAUGGAUGUCCUUCAUCUCCUUCUCUCUUUUUUUUACAGUAAGUUGUUUAAAUAUGAAUUCAAUCUGGUGAACACAGAAUUGGAGGAGGAGUGGAGCAGAGCUACGCAAUACCCACAAUGCCUUGCUAGAUUUGCUACUCCUGAUCCUCUCUUUUGUAAUUCAACCAUUGUGAGAUGAGAAGGAUAUUUCUCCAGUCACAGCUAACUCACUGCCAAAAUCCCUGUUUUUCUAGAUGGACCACAAUUCUGAUAUUGCCAAAAGAACUUGUCAGCCUGAGAUAACUGGAUGUCUUGCUCACUGAGAUUGUUGAACCAGGGCAGAAUGUCUGGCCCGCAUUUUAAGGGGAUUUAUGGAUACAUCCAUUAAAGUUUAUAGUGGGAAUUUAUGAAUGAUUGGUUUUUUGGCAGGAACUUUGGUAUGGAACCCAAUGUCCUGGAAACACUAGGGCAGCUAUAAGAAGCAAGUGAUGUGUCUCAGUUUUGCUAUCUAUAAAAUGGGGCUAAGUAUAAUGGUAAUUAUGUUUACACUCUGGUAUUAUUUGUAAAAAUGGUGCAAAAUUUCUUGCUUGAAAUUUUUGGAAAGCUAUUCCAAUUUAUAGCAGACAAAGUGGAUCAAUGAUCUAGCUGAAAUAAAAUUUCCUAUGUUCAACUGAGAUUUCUUCCUUAUCCUACCAGCCUUCUGGAAACUGACGUAUUAAUAGCAAAGAUGCUUGAUUAUGAAAUUAAACAUAACUGAUUAUUUCAGUAAUUAGUCAACCUGGGUGCUUUUCCAGGUUAUCGAUUUCAUCCUCCAUAAUUCUCAGUCCUAUCAUGCUGACUGGAAAAUUCUUGGAGUUGAAAUCUAUACAUCUGGCAAAUGCCCACAUUGGCAAAGACUGACCUGUAUUAAUCAUUGAUCCAAAUCACUGCUGCUUCACAAUAAUUGUAUAGAUAGUCCUCUACUUACAAUCAUUUGUUUAGUGAACAAAGUUACAAUGGCAUAAAAAAGUGGCAUGACCAU